AUGGCUUUUCCAGCUGUAAUAGGUGCAGCAGCAAUCGUAGCUCUUUAUGCAGGGCGAAGAUACUUCCAAGGCCCUAAAUGCAAUAGCAAAAGAAGCCUACAAGGUAAAACUGUUGUUAUCACUGGUGGAAACACUGGGAUCGGUAAAGAAACCGCAGUGGAUUUAGCCAGCCGUGGAGCAAGGGUCAUAAUUGGCUGCAGAAAUUUCCAAAAGGGUAAAGAAGCACUGAAUGAAAUAAAAGAACGAAGCGGAAACUCAAAUGUUUUUCUUGAAGAGAUAGAUCUUGCCUCUUUGGAGUCAGUUCGCAAGUUUGCAGACAAAGUUCUCAACAGCGAACCCCGUCUAGAUAUUCUGAUCAACAACGCUGGAGUGAUGGCCUGCGCAUAUCAGAAGACAAAAGAUGGAUUUGAGAUGCAGUUUGGUACGAAUCAUCUUGGGCAUUUCUUGCUGACGAUGCUGCUCCUUGACCGACUAAAGAGCUCACAGCCGAGUCGCAUAAUAAACGUAUCUUCAAAAGGUCACAGAAUGGGUAGUGGCAAGAUAAAUUUUGAAGAUAUAAAUUACGAAAAAAGCUAUGACAGCUGGGCCGCCUAUUUUAACAGCAAGCUUGCUAACGUCUUAUUCACACGUGAGCUGAGCAAACGCCUUGAGGGUACCCAUGUGACUGUGAAUGCACUACACCCAGGGGCAGUUAGUACUGAACUGGGUCGACACACUAUCCUUGCCACCUUAGCUUUACCCAUUGGUUGGUAUAUUUUGAAGACUCCUACACAGGGAGCCCAAACCUCCAUUUACUGUGCCGUCUCAGAAGAAAUGGAAGGUGUUAGCGGGAAGUAUCUGAAAGAUUGCGCCAUCGUGGAGGAAUCCAAGGGUGCACAGGAUGAUGAUGCAGCCAAGAAGUUGUGGGAUCUUAGCAUGAAGAUGGUUGGGUUGGAAAAGUUAUAAUACCAGUAUGAUAGCAUUCCUUCAUGAAGGCAAACAAUGCCCACUGUAUUGACUAAUUUAAAAACUUUGAGCCCCUGGACGUCGAUGAAUGAGAUGAACUGUAAUCUGUUACUACAUGUAGUAUUAAAUAUAAAAAAAAUUUCUGUCUCUUUGUUGUUAACCACACGGUGCCACCCCAUAUUCUAAGUAACUGCUGAUUGUUCGUUUACGUCAAUAUACAUUUCUGUAAAUUUGUUAUUCGUCCUUUAUGCGGACCUGAGGAAAAGACUAGUUUUGGAAAUUCGAAAUACUGAUAUUGAGUGUUACACUUGCAGUAGUAUGUAAUUUACAGUAAUUUCACGUUCACGUAAAAAUUGUCUUGGGAUGGGCAGAAUCGCGAAUAAAUAAAAACUUAAAUCAAAUUUUCGAGGAAAAAUAUUUCCAAUCUCGCUGCACGAAAAAUAAUAGGGGACCCUCACAACGGGAUCGUUGCUUUGGUGGUAACCUUGGAAAAAAAAUUAGCAUGGAGACGAGGCUUAUUCAUAGAGCGUGACUCCUUAGGUAAACACUUGAACACUUGAUAAGAUCGACUGCGGAGGUGUGAAAAUCAUGGCUGUUCCAGCUGUGAUCGGUGUAGCGGCAAUUGCAGCUCUUUAUACAGGGAAAAGAUACUUCCAAGGUCCAAAAUGCAAUAGCAAAAGCAGCCUCGAAGGUAAACCGUGGUUAUCACAGGUGGAAACACUGGCAUCGGUAAAGAAACCGCAGUGGAUUUAGCCAGGCGUGGAGCGAGGGUCAUAAUCGGCUGCAGAAACCUACAAAAGGGUAAAGAGGCACUGAAAGAAAUUAAAGAACGCAGUGGAAAUUCAAAUAUUUUUCUUGAGGAGAUAGAUCUGGCUUCUUUGGAGUCAGUUCGCAAGUUUGCAGACAAAGUUCUCAACAGCGAACCCCGCCUAGACAUCCUGAUUAACAACGCCGGAGUGAUGGUCUGCCCGUAUCAGAAGACAAACGAAGGAUUUGAGAUGCAGUUUUGUACGAAUCAUCUUGGGCAUUUCUUGCUGACGAUACUGCUCCUUGACCGACUGAAACGCUCACAGCCAAGUCGUAUCGUAAUCGUUUCUUCGUCCGCUCACGGAAUGGGUAGUGGCAAGAUAAACUUUCAGGACAUUAACUAUGAAAAAAGCUAAGACAGCUGGGCCGCCUAUUAUAACAGUAAGCUUGCAAACGUGUUAUUCACUCGCGAGCUGAGCAAACGCCUGGAGGGUACCCACGUGACGGUAAAUGCCCUGCAUCCAGGAGCUGUUGCUACUGAAUUGCAACGCCACUCAUUUCUGGGCAGUGCUCUGCUAUACCCUGUCCGCUGGUACAUGUUCAAGACCGUAGAACAGGGAGCCCAAACUACCAUCUACUGUGCCGUUUCUGAAGAAAUGGAAGGAGUUAGCGGGAAGUAUCUGAAAGAUUGCGCUAUUGUGGAGCCAUCCAAGGGUGCCCAGGAUGAUAAAGCAGCUAAGAAGUUGUGGGAUCUGAGCAUAAAGAUGGUUGGACUGGAAAAGUGA